CAUCUAUCCCACUGGACCUCAACACCAGGCCUGACCUUCUUGAACAAAAAUAAACAGCCGUCACCAAACAAACUCUCAAUCCAUUCCAUUCUUCACCUCGACAAAAUGCCCUUCUACGAAAUCCAACACUCCCACCCACUCACAGCAACUCAGAAACACACUCUCGCUCGACACAUUACACACCUCCACUCAACCACGUUCCUCACACCCUCGUUGUACGUCAACGUCGUCUUUCAAUACCUGGCCCCAACGUCAACCUCGACGACAUACUUCCUCGCGGGCAAACCCACUGCCCACCAUCCUGCAGGACCUAACCGUAUCUUCGCCAUGGUCCGCGUCUCGCCUCAACGUACAAAGGCUGAUUUUGAUGCUCUGGCCCUCAAGAUCGAGAAUAAAUGGUAUGAGGUUGUCAAUGAAACUGAUGGUUCUGGCGAUACGGCCGAGGCUCGUGCUUCCAAGAAAAUGCAUUUUGUUGUAUUUCAUCCGAUGAUUGCGGCGAGAGAAAAUGGUGUUACUAUUCCAGAUGCUGGUAAUGAAGCUUCCUGGCUCAAGGACAAUAUGCCUUACUUCAAAUCCCAGGCCUAUGAACAUGGUGACCAACAGUUUAAAGAUAUGCUAGACGAAGUCGAGUCUAGGGCUGAUCUCAAAGCCCUCCUCUCCUGA